AUGACAGGGGCACUCGAAAAUUCAAACUCAACAGAGGAUGUCGCGGUCGAGAAGAAUGGUACAAAUGUCACUUUCAAUGAACAAACUAAUUAUGUACCUAAGCGCACAAUUAUCACGAUCUUCCUGGCAUGUUCCAGCGUUGAUCUCCUGGCAUUGAUGGACCAGACAACGCUGGCGGCCAGUUUGUCUAUCAUAGGAAAUGCAUUAGGAGCCAGCAAUCAGACAUCUUGGAUUUCGGGCGGUUACUUCGUAACUUCAACAUGUUUCCAACUACUAUAUGGGAAGCUAUCCGACAUCUGGUCUCGCAAGCUUGUGCUCUUCGUCGGCCUAGCCAUUUUCUUCUUCGGGUCAUUAGCAGCUUCCCUUGCGCAGACAGCGACGCAAUUGAUUAUCUUCCGUGCUUUUACCGGAGUUGGUGGCGGUGGUCUCAUGACCGUCGCACAGAUGAUCGUCAGCGACGUGGUCCCUCUUCGUGAACGAGGAAAAUAUCAGGGUAUUCUAGGCGCCGUCGUUGCUAUUGCCAAUGGCAUUGGCCCUGUCAUCGGAGGUGCGCUAGCCUCCAUUUCACAAGACUCGUGGCGAUGGAUCUUCCGCUUGAACCUACCGCUCACUGCAUUAACCACGCUGGCUGUUUUGUUCUUUAUGCCCCUUCGAAAAGUCACUGGCGACUGGAAAGUCAAGCUGAAGGCAAUUGAUUUCUUUGGCGCGCUUCUGGCUCUCGGGGGAACCUCGGUCUUGCUGCUUGGCUUGACUUGGGGCGGUGGUGAGUAUAAAUGGAACUCGGCGCAUGUUAUUGCGACUCUGGUCGCUGGGUUUGCCAUCUCUGUUGCUUUUGUGGCGUGGCAAUGGAAGGGUGCGUCGACACCGCUGGUUCCGAUGCAUAUCUUCCAGGGUAGGAUUGUGAAUGGCGCAUGUUUGACCAUGUUCAUCAACGGGUGGAACUUUUUGGUGCAAGUCUACUAUAUUCCCACUUUCUAUCAGCUGGUAUUUGGAUAUUCGACGGUGAAAGCGGCUGCAAUGCUCCUCCCUAUUACCCUCAUGCAAACUAUCAGCAGUACAGGCUCUGGCCUUAUUGUACACUGGGUAGGUCGCUACCGCGAAUGCAUCCUUUUUGGAUGGAUUAUCUGGGCUGUUGGCCUUGGCCUUUUCUCGACACUUGAUCAGCAUUCGGGAUUGGGAAAGCAGAUUGGGUAUGGCAUUCUGACUGGUGUCGGGGUUGGAAAUACUUUGCAGCCCUCUCUCAUUGCCGUUCAAGCCGGUGUCGAGAGACGGGAUAUGGCUGUGAUAACCUCAUUCAGGAACUUCGUACGAAACCUCGGCGGCACUCUCGGACUCGCUAUUGCUGGAACUAUCAUAAAUAAUAUUGUCUCGUCGUCCAUCUCAGUCCUCAAUCUCGACGAAUCUCAGUCCCGCUCUCUUCUGUCGAGCCCACAAAGCUAUCUAUCAAAGUUAUCUGCAGAAGAUGCUGAGCAUGUCCGUGAUGUGCUGACACCGGCAUAUCAAAAGGGAUUUCGUAUCAUCUUCAUUGUCGGCGCAUCCCUUGCGACAUUUGCUUUCUUUUUGGCUGUUUGGUUGAUGCCACAGGUUGGUUUGAACCGAGCGGACGAUCAAGCUUUGAAGGAAGAAGCAAAGAACCGGCUCAAUGGAGACUUGGACGAGGAAAAAAGAGAGAGUCGGAUCUAA